AUGUGCACUAAUGAGACACGAUGGUUGGGGCCACAGCUCCAGAGAGGGUUGGAGGGGCUAUUUAUUCUGGACAGGCACCAUAUCCAACACAGUCAGACUGGAAUACAACAGAGGGAGAUAGGCAGGAGACGUCAAGAAACUGUGAUAAUGCGGAUAUUGGUGCUCAUCCUCUUGAUGACAAUGGUGGAUGUGAACAUCAGCCAGCAAUACAGCCCCUUCCAGUGGCUGUCCCACCUACGAGGCCGGAGGCGGAAUGCAGGCUGGCAGUCUGAGGCUGUAGAUUGCCCCCUGGAGUGUGACUGCCCCACAGCCUACCCCACAGCUAUGUACUGUCACAGCCGCAACCUGCAGCACGUUCCCUAUGUUCCAUCACACAUAGAGUAUGUCUACCUGCAGCGUAACCAGAUCACGGGCAUUCAGGAUGGGGUGUUUGACAAUGCUACCAAUCUGAUGUGGGUGAUUUUGUCCCACAAUCAGCUCAGCUCAGACAAACUCAGCGACAGCAUCUUUGUCAAGUUGAAAAGCCUGGAUCGACUCUACCUGGAUCACAAUGAGCUGACCCGUGUGCCUCGUAAUUUACCGAGGUCCCUCUCUGAUCUGCGACUUUCCUACAACAAAAUCCCGAAGAUCUCCUCCAAAUCAUUUGAGCGGAUGUCCAGCCUCAUCACCCUUCAACUGCAGGCCAAUGUCAUAGAAGAGGUAGAAGGGGAUUUCAAGGAGCUGAAAUCUCUUACUAUGCUGGAUAUGAGGAAAAACAAGCUGAGGAGAAUCCCCGAGAGCCUUCCUGAGAGGCUGCAGCAGCUCUACCUGGAUCAUAAUAUCAUAGAGAGUGUGCCAAAUGCGUUUCUUACUAUGUAUCCCAAACUGCAGUUUGUCCGCUUGGCUCACAACGCUCUUACAGAUAAAGGACUUCCCUCGAGUGUCUUCAAUACUAGCACACUCGUUGAGCUUGACUUGUCCUUCAACAAACUGGAAAAGAUUCCUCUUGUCAACAGGAACCUGGAAAACCUGUACCUUCACACCAAUAAGAUCAAAGAGUUCUCCCUGAGCAGUUUCUGUGACACAUUUGAUGGGACAAACUUCUCCAAGCUGAAAGUGCUGCGUUUGGAUGCUAACGAAAUCAGCGCCAGAGACAUUCCUGCUGAGGCUGCCUACUGUUUGCGGCUGGUUUCUUUUAUUGAUGUGUAGAACUUCCUGUUCUUUCAUGAUUUAUUUUCUUAAUCUCUAACCCGUAUGCUCGUACUGUUACUUGUCUGCAUCAUUGGUCAAGAAAAUGUUUCAUCGAACAGUUAUGCUAUUAACAUUCCAAUCAUAAUUCCAGUCUUUGUCAACAGGAAAUACCAGCGCUGUAUAACCUAAUAUCCAGAUGGCAGUCAUAUGGAUGUCAGUGAGAUGACAAUCAUUCUUUAAAAAACUCAAGAAUUGAAGUUUCUGGAUUAUAGCAAAAUAACACAAUUGCACACAAAUAAACAGUAGUUGAUGAUGGAAAUUUUAAUCAGCAUCAAACUGUCAAUCAUCUGUUUGAGAUUUAGUUUUGAUCUUUGCCUCCACCAUGUGGAACGCCAUAAAACUUCACGCCAGGCAACACUUUCCUAUACUUCUUACAGAAGUUUUUUUCCCCUCUUACUUAUUGAUUAAUGUUCCAUGCCAGUCUAUGUCUGAAAGCUUUCCAUUGCUUGUUUUUCUAUUCAGGUGUGCACAGACAGUAUGUUUCAGGCAUUUUAUUGUCCUUUUACGAGGCAUUUUAUUGUCCUUUUAUGUAUGUAGGAAAUCACUAAUGAAUAUCUGUUUUUGGGGAACCCUGAUAAGGAUAUACAGUAUACAAGUUUGAAUAUUACUUAAAUUCUGCCAUAUCCACCUGGGCUGUUCCGCUUAUGACUUGGGUCCUUCACCAGAAGCCUGGGAGCUUUAGUGUCUGGAAAGUACAGUAUCUUAGCUAUUCCCAGGACUGCGUUCUUCUGGACCAAGGUUUCAUGGGUUGCGCUUGGAAUCUGCUGCAGUCACUCCCCUGGGUUCAGGGUCACAGCCCGAAGUACACUGAUGACCACUGAGGGCUUGACCCUCCACUACUUCUCCAUUUCCUCUUUGAGCCCUUGGUAUUUCUCAUGUUUCUCAUGUUCCUUCUUCCUGAUCCAUUGGGAUCUCUAUAUCCAUGAUGCUGCUCUUUGUUCUGCCACAAUGUCCGGUUUGUUAUUUUGUGUUGGACUGUUUGAGGGGCAUCUUCACACAGCCUGCAUCUCAGAUCCUGUUCAAUGUGAUAGACGUCUAAUGCUCUUCUGCUAAGUGACUGUUCCUGUGCUACCAAUGUUUGUGCCACUGUGCUUUCCUUCAGCCAGGGUUGCCUCUCCACAGUCACUCACCUGGUCCUCUUCUUGCACACUCUGGGUUGCUGCUGCCUGUGGCAUUUUCUUUAGCAGUCCAUUAUUGUUGGCCUGCUUCCUGAUGGAAUUAAGGAUCUUUGCUGUUUUGUCCCAGAUAGUGACUUUGACAGUCAGUAUUCCCUGACCUUCUGCCUUCCACUUGGCACACAGUCUCACAACUCUAGACUCUGGGUGGAGCAAAUCAGACAGUGCAAGUAGAUUCCUUUUCUUGGUAUACAUAUAGUCAUAUUCAAUAAAUUCAAUAAAUAAACCAGAAUAUAAAUUUCUAAGCAGCUUUUUGUCAGAUUAAAAGUACCUUUUGGAAAAACCAACCUAUAAAUCGAUAUUUCUACCCCAUGCCCCCAUUUCUACAUUAAGUGUAACUUUGUUUUAUUGGUCUGAUGCAAUAUUCUAAUCUUAAAUGCUUUUUUUUAGCUGGAGGAGGGGAAAAAUCACAAUUAACAAAAAUAAAGGCUUUAAAACAACACCAGUCUGUUUCAAUCUAUAUAUUGUGUUUCCCUUAUUGAACUGAGUUACGGAAAUAAAUUAACUUUUCAAUAAUUAAUUGAUACAAUACUGCUCAAAAGUUUGAGGUCACCCAAAACAUGUAAUGUUUUUACAAGAGAAUGCACCUUUUAUGAAUCAAAUGAGUCGCAAAGUAAAUAGGAAACAUAGUCAAGACAUUUACAAGGUUAGAAAUCAGAAUUUGUACUUGAAAUAAUAUUUUUAAUAUUCAAACUUUGCUUUCAUCAAAGAAUCCUCCAUUUGCAGCAACAUUGUAGACCUUUGGCAUUCUAGCUGUCAAUUUGUUGUGGCAAUCUGAGAAAAUGCCUCCCCAUCAUGCUUCUUGAAGCAUCUCCCACCUCAAGGUGGAUUGGCUUGAUGGGCACGUCUUACGCACCAUACAGUUGCGCUACUCUCGCAACAUCUCAGUAGGGUUGAGAUCAGGUGACUGUACUGGCCUCUCCAUCAUAGACAGAAUGCCAUAUUGGCAAUAUAUAGACUGCAUUUCUGAUUAAUUUAAUGAAUAAUUGAUUUGCUUUUCACCAAAAAUAUAAAUAUAGGGACAUUCCAAGUGACCCCAGACCUUUGAG